CGUUGGUGAAGCGGAUCUCGUGCCACUCACCAUCUUCCAGCCCUCGUGAUAGCCGCUGCUUCAACACACGCCAAAACAUGCAGCUUUCACGAAUGUGUGUUGGCUUUGUCUUCCUUCUGCUGGUGUGCUUCCCACGAUGCAAAGGCGACGUAGGCAUACUCACCUUCUACUUCGGUAAGUAAGCAGCACAGGAGCACACCCCUCACUCACCUCAUCUUAUCAUUUGAUCCCUUCCCUCCACUUCAGGUGAGCUGGAGGCGCUGAAUGCGACUUUGUCAAGGUCUUCGGAUCUGCAAGUGUAUGAGAUCGCGGGCAGGAGGUUCUACAGCGGGCUGCUGGAGGGCCAGAAGAUAGUGGCCACACUCACGGGCAUCGGCCUGGUCAACGCUGCAAUGACCGCAAGUGAGUCGGGUGGGUAGACAUGCGAGGCGGGUCAACAGGAAUGCUGUGGACACGUACUUAUGCACUCUCUGUAUGUGGUCUGCGUGCACUGCAGCCAUUAUGAUUCAGCACUUUCCGACGCUCGAUGUGAUCGUGGGCAGUGGAAUAUCGGGAGGGGUGGACCCGUCCCUGCGAGUGGGCGACGUCAUUGUACCAGAUUCAUGGAUCUUCAACGAAAUGGUGUGGAUAGACCGCUCAGCCGUAUGCACUCGCAUCAUCUGCAUGGCCUCUUGGGCUGUCAGUUCCACUACGCGAAGACUGCCGAGCCAUUGCCCAAUAACACCACCCGAGACCCCUCCCUGGAGGCCGAUGCUGACUUCGUGUUGCCCGACUGGCGCCUCUCACUGCCGUGCGUCGACGGGUGCUUCCUCGCCACAAAAGGUCCCUGCACCCUUACCAUACACCCUUAUGGAUGUAUGUAUACCCACAGAGGAAUGAGUAAUCAGCGACUCAUUGUCUGCAGGUGUCCCAUGUUUGUCGCCUGGUGUAAACCACACCGCUGGUGUGGGCUACAAUGGACCUACUGCUGAGGCCGAGGCCAGCAAUGGGUGUGCUGCCGGGGACGUCGGAGGGGGAGGGGGAAAACAGCACGCGAACUUCGGGAAGGUGGAGAGCAACUACAUCCAAUCACGAAGCAUCCCGCCCCUUUUCGGCGGUCAUUGUGCCCGUCAGGAUGCGUCAUUUGAUCACGGUGCAGACUGCAGACCUUUACAGCCCAUCAGAGGAAGAUGACACGAUCGAAACUCCCAACCAGGUCCUCGAUUUCCCCGUCGAUCCCGCCCUCCUGGAGCUUGCUAAGGGCCUCAACGCCACUGCAGGCCCGAGGCUUGCUGAGCUGAAUGGAGGGGAUGGUGGGCUGCCGUACCUUCCACACGUGGUGGUCGGUGGCAGGGGCGCGUCCGCUGACACAUUUCUCGAUAACGCCGCGUACCGCAAGUGGCAAUUUCAGAACCUUGACAUCAGGUGGGCGGGACGGGGGCAAGACGAACGGCGCAAAUGGCGCUCAUUUCUCGCCGGUUCAGGUCGAUUGACAUGGAGAGCACGGCGGUUGCGCAUGUGGCCUACCAGGGCCAAAAGCCUUUCAUCAUAUUCCGGAGCCUCUUGGCCGGCGGAGAGGCCGAGGCAGAGACAGAGUCCGAACAGGAGAACCUUCUCGGCGCCUUCUUCGGCGUCGCCGCGGCCAACGGCGCAGCCGUCAUGGAGACUUUCAUCAAGCUGCUCUCGGACAAUGGCACAAUUGUGUCCAACAGCGAACCAGCCGAUGCGCCACUGGAGCCGGCCCCUGCCGGCCACAUCCCCAGUGACGUGUUCAAUGACGAGGAAUUGGAGGAGUUGGUGGGCAUCAUCACUUUCUACCAGCCUGAGCUGGACGCCGUCAUGUCCUACAACAACGACACAAAUUUUACGAGAGUGGGACCGAUACAGGUGGGGUGGGGCGGGGCGGGGAGAGAGCCGAAGAGAGAGAGAGAAAGAGAGAAAAAGAGAGAGGCUUGCAGCGCGGCAUCACUAUGCCGUGUGUGUGUGUGUGUGUGUCUCGCAGGGUCGCAUUUUUUAUGUUGGCCGUCUGGAGGAGGUCCCUGUCGUCCUUACACUCAGUGGCGUUGGCCUCACCAACGCUGCACAAGUAAGAAUUGGCAAAGACUGCAUAUCUGCCUGUGGUUGAGUGAACGUCUGUCUGUCUGCCUGUCUGUGUCAGACGACCCAACUGCUCAUCAGCGAGUUUGGCGUCAAGUACAUCCUUGGCAGCGGCAUCGGUGGGUCGUUGUCGGAGAAGGUCUUCAUCGGCGAUGUUGUCAUCCCAGACAGAUGGGCUCAAUAUCAGAUGAGCCACCAGGCCAGAGAGGAUGCACAAGGCAACUACUCCCUCCCCGAGUGGGCAAACAAAUGGCUGGUCAGCUCACCAAACAGAAGGAUCAUAUGGCGGGGCAGAGAGUCCUUGGAACACCGGCGUGUCUUGUGUGUCUGGUGUGUGGACGGUGCAGGUGCGUGCUGGUGGGUCUGAGUGUCUUGUGAAUGAUACGCUCGUGUGUGAGUUGGCCAACGACACGGCGAAUUACUUCUCCGACUUCACUACGCUUAUUGAGGUGGCAGAUCCCGACGCAGCUGACGACACGCGCUACCUCGAGGUGGGCGGCCGCCGGCUCUUCGACAUUGAGGUCGACCCCAUAAUGUUUAGAGUGGCGGCACAGCUCACCUCCACUGCGCCAGGGUACGGCUCAUUCGGCAAGUUCAUUGACCUGAAUCCCGUUGGCAGGGGGCGGCCUGAGAUUCAGCACGGCGGGAGGGGCCUCGCGGGCAACUCCUUCAUCGACAACGCUCACUAUCGCACGUAAGUUAAGUGGUCAUGUCAGCCACACACGACAGACACACGACACACGGAGAGGUCGCGUUUCUUGCUACGGCCUAGGUACAUGCACGAGACCUUUGAGAGCGACAUCGUCGACAUGGAGUCGUCGGCCACGGCUGCAGUGGCCCACCAGAACGCUAUUCCGUUCCUGAUUGUGAGGUCUGCAUCGGACCUCGCGGGCGGUAGUGAGGAUGGGGACGACAAGUCGGCCGUCAGCGACCUCAUGGAGUUCCUCGAUGUGGCUGCCGACAACAGUGCGAUGGUCAUUGCUGCGUUCCUGCAGGAGUGGCGGAGGAGAGACGAUUGAUGGAUGGAUGGAUGGAUGGUGUGUGAACACGUGUGUAUGCGUGUGUGUGUGUGUGUGGUGUCCUAUUAUGUCUACUGCUCUGAGAGCCAGGUGCAUUUGGGCAUGUGUGGUGGUGAGAUGGCGGCUUUAUGCCGUUGAGUGCAUUCAUGCCUUGGCGCUGCGUUUGGGGUCGAGCUGCAGAUGCGAGAGGCCUUUUUGCCGCGCUGCUCGAGUGAGACCACUUUGCAGAUCGGUCGGUCGAUCGAUCGGUCGGUCGUAGUGUAUGUGUGUCGGUGUGUCUUGCGUGUUCCAGAGCCCUUAUUGAUACAUACAGUACAGGGGUGCAUGUGCACAUGCAGAUGUGCGGCAGCGUCGUGGACCGUAGUUCCGUUGUGGGCUGCUGCCUAACGAUGCUUGCAUGUAAUGGGCAUACUCGUAUACCUACCGACAUCUUGGCCAUCAAAAUCGCCGCAGGAUUGGCCAAGAUGCUUGCCACCUUGCCGUGGGUCCACUUUCAAGCGGCACCCCAAUCAUACAACUGCUGGCCGGCGCGACCAUCGUAACCCAGUGCCAGACCGAUUCUGUCUGACGGGUCACUAACCGCCGAUCGUUUUCUGAGCGACUGUGGCCUCGCUGCGGCCAGCCAAGAACACCAGCAAGGUCUCCUCGUCCCGCACGACACG